AUGAAAAAGGAGUUCUUCGAAGCUGCCGGCGUCGCGAGGCGCUCAAAGGGAACGGCGAAAUCCAAGGUGACAGCGCCGGUGACAGGCCGCGAUGGACGAUUGAACGCAUGUCGAGACGUCAUCUAUAUCUACACUGGAGACUGGAGACUUAAAGCUAGAGACGACGGUCUGAUCUUCUUUGUCUGCAGACACCCCCUUGCCAUGGCGUACAAACGGUCUCGCGCCGCGUUCGAGGACGAUCACCCCGGAUCUCCUUUCAUCGUCUAUGGCACCCCGUUGCCUGCGGACGACCCUGAUGCGCGCGACGAUGGCUCAUACGUACCGCUCUGGAAGCAAGAAGUAAGGGACGAGAGGGGACGGAAACGCCUUCAUGGCGCUUUCACCGGUGGAUUCAGCGCUGGAUAUUUCAACACGGUAGGGUCAAAGGAAGGAUGGACUCCGUCGACUUUUGUUUCGUCUCGCAAAAACAGGGCUACGAAGGAGGGCAAGGAGCAGCAACGGCCCGAAGACUUUAUGGACGAAGAGGACCUGAGAGAGGCAGAGGAGGCGAGGGUGCUGCAGACUUCUACUGAGUUCGAUGGGAUUGGUUCUACGGCUACGGAUGCAAUGAGAGAGACGGGGCUGAUUGAUCUGUUCAGCUCGUCUGGUGAGAUGGUUGGUGUUCGGCUACUGAAGAAGAUGGGCUGGAGGGAAGGUCAAGGGAUUGGGCCCAAAGUGAGAAGACGAGCCAAGUUGGAUGAACAUGAUGAAGAUGGCGGUGAAACCUAUCUCUUCGCCCCCGAAAACACGCCGAUGAUCCGGUUUGUGGAUAAAAAUGACCGCAAAGGCAUUGGCUUCGAGGGAGAGAACCGAUUGGAGCUGCCGACCAAGUCAGAUGCUGGUCAGCGUAACGGCAUGGCCGCGACGGCGGCCGCUUCUAAACUCUCUAUCAACGGCAAGAAACUACUGCAGAAACCCAAGCAGCGGAAACUAGGCGGGUUUGGCGUCGGUGUCCUGAAUGACACUGGAUCAGAUGACGAGGAUCCGUACGAGAUCGGCCCCAGCAUCUCUUACAACAGAGUGAUCGAACCUUCUAAGAAAAGCACCAAGGCUAAACGGCUGGAAGCACCGAAGCCGGCAAUCAGAUCGUCGAAUCCCCUGCUCGACACCAAGCCCGUCUUCAUAUCGAAGAAGGCCACGACCGCCGGACGGGACAGAUCGGGGUUCAGAAAGUGCCAUGACGGACGCUUCCCGCUGGACGGCUUCAUCCUUAGCACACAGAUAGAUCUCACGCCGAGGAGCAAGCGAUACGAUCCGCCCAAGGUACCAGAGGGCUGGGUAUCUGCCAAAAUCCCGGCAGCCCCAGAAGAUGGAACUAACCCUAUCUCAAUAGCUGAGGCUGCAAAGGCGUCUACGUUGGACCCAAAGGCCAGGGCUGCACUGCUAGGCGAGGCUCAGCUUCCUGGGAAAUCUGUAUUCGACUACAUGACCCCGGAGGCUCGUAAUAGGAUCGCACUGGCAACCGGGCGAACCGACCUCCCACCGGCACUGGGCGAGAAGGCGCCCAAGGGGUUUGAAACAUCAGACAACCAAAAGCGAAAGGAGAUAUGGGAUCUGAUCCCUCCGCUGGACAAAGAGGCUGCCCUGCAGGCCCUUAAUCGCGGAGUCAGUGGAUGGAUGCCGUACGCAGAAGACGAGAGUAAGAGGGCUCGCUAUCGAUCCUUUCUCGAGGUUCGAGCCGGCAUCGUCACUGAUCGGUUGCCGGAGCGUCCACCGGCAGCCUCGACAGACGAAUGGGUGACAGAACUGCGCGAGUUCGCUCGUGCCGCCGAAGUGUUUAAACCCAUAUCAGGCCUGAUGGCAUCACGCUUUACAUCCUCUACGCAGGCAGGCUCCGACGGUUCUGGCACCCCCUUACUGAAGAAGCGCGAGCCCAAACCCGAAGACCCGACAGAAUCAGCAGCCAAACUCGGGAUGUACGGCCCAAUGACUCGCCUCCACCGGCCGUUCGCUCCAGCUCGACUGCUCUGCAAGCGAUUCAAUGUUCGGGUCCCCGGCAGCGCGCGAGGCGAGAGUUCGAACACGGGUGGGUUGGCCGAUAUAGCAGGCCUCGAAGCUCCGGUAGAGCCGCCGCCGGAAAUUAUCUCCCGAGAAACCAUGUAUCAACUGAUGCUGGAGUCAGGGCGCAAAAUAGACUCCGUCUCUGGCUCUGGCUCUGGCUCUGGCCCGACUGCGCCGCCGGGUGAGGAAUCACAGAUCCAGCCAGGGCUUCAGGCAUCGGAGCCGGCCGCGGUUGAUCCAGAGCGUAACGAGGCGCUCGAGGGUGAGCGGCCCGGCGAAGCGGUGUUCAGAGCUAUCUUCGGCAGCGAUGAUGAGGACUGA